UCUCCGCAGGGCUGACUCUCCCAAGAUGUCCCAGCCCGUCAGGGGGGACCCCCACGGGGGUCCGGGUCGCAAGGCGUCCAGCCUCUCGUCCCCCAGCGCGGCACGCCGGCUCUACCGCAACCUGUCCGGGAAGUUCAGAGUAGGCUCCGCCCCCUCGGGGCUGGAGGACGGCCCCCCCGUGGUGGCCAGGGGAGGGGAGAAGGAACGCCCCCGCAGGUCCAACAUGUUCCAGUGUAACGAGGCGGUGUUCGAGGCGGUGGAGCACCAGGAGCUGGACCUGGUGCAGCUGCUGCUGACCCAGUACAGCCUGGAGGAGCUGGACCUCAACACCCCCAACAGUGAGGGCCUUCUGCCCCUGGACAUCGCCAUCAUGACCAACAACGCCCCCAUGGCCACUCUGCUCCUACGCGCCGGGGCCAAGGAGAGCCCCCACUUCGUGAGCCUGGAGGGCCGGACGCUGCACCUCACCACCCUGCUCCAGGAGGCCGACCAGCGGGUGUCAGAGCUGCAGACCCAGCAGGGGGGCGAGGGGGAGAGGGAGGGCUCGGAGCGCGAGCGCCAGCUCAAGGCCUGGGGCUGGCGGCAGCGGCUCUUCACACGCAUGCGUACGGGCUUCCAGCACGCCAGUCCUCCGGACCAGCCUGUGGGCGUGUCUCUCUCGGUGACCAGCAGCAGCAGCCUCCGGGUGGACUUCCAGGAGCCCUCCAGUGUCAACGCCGCCGUGGUAACCAAGUACAAAGUGGGUUGGAGCAUGUCUCCAUGCAUGAGUCCGUUGCUAGGGGAGACGCUGGUGGAGGACACCACCCAACUAAGCUGUGACAUCACCAGCCUCAAAGCUGGCUCCUACUACUACAUCCAGGUCUGGGCCUACAACAUGAAAGGAUGGGGCCCCCCAUGCACCUCCACACCCACGUGUGCUGCCCCUUCCAGCUGGCGGGAGAUGGACGGCCGUGCCCCGAGACAUCAGGGCCACCAGGAGGCGCUGGACCGGCUGCUGUUCCUGACCAAGGAGGCCCACCGCCACUGCUCCUGCCACGAACAGUGCAAAGCACCGCCACACGGCAGGAAGCACUCCGUCUCCAAGAGUCUGCGGCACCUCUUCCAGCCCACCACCAAGUUCGUCCGGAACCUCAAGAGGGGACUCUACCUGACAACUAUCUUCUACCGGGACGACAAUGUGUUGGUUACCCCCGACGACCAGAUCCCUGUGGUAGAGGUGGAGGAUGCCUUCUCCUCCACCCUCAUGCAGGACUUCCUGUGGUUCACCAAGGUUUCCUAUCUCUGGGAGGACAUCCUGUGGCUCCAGCAGUGCCUCAGUCCGUCUCAGACGUCCUGCACCCUACAGACCAGGGUGAAGAUGCUACAGGCCGUGUCUCUUCUUCAGGGCAUGCUGGGAGUGCAGGACCUGGGCCAGGCGUACUUCGAGCCCAUCAAAGACAAGCAGGGCAACGCGCUGCUGGUGCUGCUGCGGGACAUGAGCGCCGGCCCCGCCCUGGACGGCGUGCACUGGACCCCGCUCUGCAAGCUGCAGCUGCAGCGCAAGUCCAUCUCCUCCCCCGAGGAGCCCACCGCCCUGGACACCCUGCUCAUCACGCUGCACGAGAAGCUGGCGUACCACCGGCGCAGCAGGAAGCAGCUGUCUCCAGGGCUGUACCUGGGCUACCUGAAACUCUGCACCUCCAUGGACCAGAUCAGAGCUCUGGUGCCCCAGAAGCUCCCCAACGUGCUCUGUCACAGCAAGAUCAGAGACAACGCCAAUGUGUCCAGAGAGGAGUGGCAGUGGCUGCGGGCCCUCACCUCCCUGGAGGAGUCUCUGGAGAUGGACGCCGACUCUCAGAGCGCUCCUCACCGCCUCCUGCAGGAGCUCCGCAGCGCUGCCAAGGACCUGCUGGCACACAUCAACAUGCCCGGCAACCAGGCUCAGGACUUCCGGCUCUACACGGAGGAGGUGGUGGAGCUGGGGGUGGAGGUGUCCCUCAUCCUGCUGCUGCCCCCGUCCGACCAGGUGUGCACGGCCCCGGGCCAGAACAACCCCUUCUCCCCCCGUUCCGGCUUCCUCACCCUGCCCCUGCAGAUCUUUGAGCUGGUCCACUUCGGUGCGUACUGUCCGGCCUUCAUCGGUCAGUACUGCAGGGUGUCUGCUCUUCUGGAGCUCGAGUCCCUCAUGUCCCAGCAGGCCUUGCGGGAGGCCUUCUCCGAGAGCGAGCUCCAUGCGGCCAAGCAGAAGCACCAGCAGGUGCAGGAACACGUACAGCACAUGGAGGAGAUUUGGCGUGAGGCCAGGUGGAUCAUGGACGCGCUGCAGUUUGCCCGCUACAAGCAGUCGACCGGGGGCGUCUCGCUGGCCUGGGUCAUCGACUUCAACAACGACGGGGUCCCAGAUAAACCCGUCUCAACCUCCUCCCAACUGGACUACCUGCCCUCCCCGGCCCCCUCGCCAGAACCCUGCCGCAAGCACCCAGACUUCCACGGCCUUUCUGAUGAAGAGGGCUCGUCCGAGGUCUUCCUCACCACCGACAGCGACUACGACUCCAGCCGAGCCCAAAGCCCCCGCGAGCUGGACCUGCUGCCCGCCUCCCCCCUCUCCGCGGCCCCGCCCGAGCCCCGGGGGUACCUCCGCAGUGACGGCAGCAGCUCCGGUGGUGGUGGAGGAGGAGGGGGAGGAGGAGGAGGUGGAGGAGGUGGAGGAGGAGACGCCCUGCGGAUCUCCACCCCUGACGUGCUGCAGGGCUCGGAGUCGGGGCAGUGCGGCGGUGGGGGCGGCGGAGGCGGGGGCUGCAGCGUGGGCGGUCGCGAGGGCCGGCGGCGGGGCUGCGGCCCCGAGCUGUUUGACAGCGACUUCAUCCUGCCCAGCCGCCAGAUCGAGCUGCUGCGCAUCACGGAGAAGCGCCAGGCCUACUGUGUGCGCACCAGCAGCCUGGAGUUCCCCUCGGCCGCCCCCCACCCAAACGCUCAACCCCAUCCCCCCGCCCUAUCCCCCGCCCGCUCCCCGCCGCACCGGCGCUGGGCCCGGCCCUCCUCUGUGGACCGAUGCCACGGGACCGAUCGCUCGCCGCGACAGCCCCCGGCCCGGACCCUAUCGGAGGACAGCGGCACGGAGAGGCUUUCGGCGCUGUCCCCGGGGGACCACCGGAGGGGCUGGCCCGCCACACUCCGCGUCUACCCUCAGUACCCCAGCGGCCUUCCCAAGGACACAAGCGUAAAGCUCCGCGUGACCCCGUGUACCUCGGCGCGGGAGAUAGUUCAGCUGGUCGUCCAGGAGAUGAAGGCGGCCUCGCGUCGCAUGCUGGCCGGCGGCAGCAGCGGCGGGGGCAGCGUGGACCCGGACCAGGGGGGAGGCUCUGCUCCAGAGCAGCUCCAGCUCUUUGGGCUGGUCCUGGCGGUGGAGGGCAGGGAGAAAUGGCUCCAGGACGACUUCUGUCCGCUGGAGCUGCAGAACCCCUGGCAGAGGGGCAAGUUGUGCGUUCGCGUCAAGGAGUACUCCCCACUGGCCCCCAAACACAGCAGGGCGACUACCGUUUGAGGACCAAAGGGGAUAGAGACAAGGUUAUGGGGGCUGAGAGACGUUGUUGACCCUGGGCCUUUUGUUUUGUCCAAACAGAGUGAGAACACAUUUUACAGAAAGUGUACAUAUUUUUUGAAAAGAAAGACUCACCCGGAUACUUAACGGACAAGAGUAAACGGAACAAAUAACAAAGUAUUCUCUUCGUCUGUCGGUAACUUUCUGGAGAUAAAGGAAGCAGGCUGCCCGGGAAGAUUAAUGGAUCACUAAUACGGCAUCUGCUAAGAUUGACACCAACACAUCGGAGCCCUGAAUGCUGCCAAAAUGGCACGGGCUCCCCCCCCCCCCCCCAAAUCCUCGUUCCACAACCGCCCCCAGCCCCCGGCCAACCACUACCCCCGGCAGCCCUCUGCCAGAGAGACGAGCCUCCUUCAUGAACUCUCUCAUUGUGUGAUUCCCAAAGAGCUGUCCACUGCUGCACAGCCUCCGGCUUCCUGUUCUCAGGAUGUGGGCUCUGUCCUGGGCCAAGAGGACAGAGCAGGGGGAGGCUGGAGGUGGUGGGGGAGACUGGAGGUUUGGGGGGGGGGAGCAUGGCGUCUCUGCUCGAGGGAUGCAAUCACCCCAACGACUUGGCCCGCUGGCCCAGCACUCAGCCAGGCCACGGAUCUGGCUGGGUCCGAGGCUGCAUGUCUGUAAGAAAGUAAGUUCUAGAGGGAGUGAGGGAGAGAGAGAGGGAGAGGGAGACAGAGGGAGAGGGAUAAUGGAGGGGGCUGAGGGGUGGAGGGGGUAUGGAGAUUCAGUUCAAACCUGGCUGACUCUGGGGUCCCCCCCUCCCCCCCACACACACACAUACACACACACAUCAUAAUGAACAAACUGUCACAAUCAUCGCAAACCCGUGAAGUCACACCGCACAAAAACCAGCCAGCGUGGAAAAAGAAGAGCAAUACUUUAUGACUUUGUUUAGCGUUUGUCUGGCUGAUGAGGAGACGUCUUAAGUACUGUGGUCAUGCUGUGUCCAUUGUUUCUGGGCAGUUUUUUGUGUUUCCUUAUUGGCAGCAGUUUUCCCGACCCCUCACUUAGGGGAGCCUGUCAGUCUGGGGCUGGCCCUCCAAUUGUUUUUGGUGCAUUUUGAAGCCCAGCAUUUAUGAGCAAUGCUAGUUGAAUAGAAUGUAUGAGCUUUGCUAGCAUUUAUGAACUAAGCAUUCAUCUAGCAUUUACGAGCAAUGCUAGUAGCCUGGCAUUUACGACAGAUGCUAGGAGUCUAGCACCUAUGAGUAAUGCUAGUAAUCUAGCGUUUACGGGUAAUGCUAGUUGCCUAGCAUAUAUCAACAAUGCUAAUAAUCUAGCCUUCAUCAGCAAUGCUAAUACAGGUCAACAAAGUAAAGUUUCCCUUUGUGAGAUCUUCAUCUUUUCAUAAUAUCAUCAAAGCUGCAUUAAAUGUUUAAUAUUAUUAUAGUUUAAUAUUAAGAAUAUUACCAGUGCUACAGAUAUAAUGACUCAGAACUCAAAUUAAUGUUAGGUUUCUUAGUAUAUAUUAAAAGUUUACAAAUGAUUUAAAAAAUUAUUUAAAGAUGACAGUCAACAAAGCACUUUCAUUGCUAUUACUCUGCUAAACAACAUAAGCUUUUAUUUUGAUGAUUGAUCUGCUCAGCUGCCAUUUGAAAACAUUUGAUCCAAGAUGAUAGACAGGAAGUGCCUUAAAUGGACAUCGGCACCUAGGAUCUUUAGAAGACAGUAUCUGUCCUCUCUUUAUCCUUAACUAAGAAACCAAAAGUGUUCUUUUGAGAGAACUUGUACCGCUUAGUUUUGAUUAUUAAUUACUGCGCAGCUUGUGACAAACCAAACAUUUGCUUUGGGAGAACUCUGUCGAUAUCAUUUUCUUUUUUACAAACGGACUGAGCUAGCUUAGCAUCUAGCUUCCCAAACAACAUACGUUACAACGUUGUCAUAGUAGGAUUUGUGUCGUAGCCCUGAGUCGUUUCCGUCAAUUGCCUUUUCUUUGUAUAUAUUUUAGCAUUUCUUUAUCAUAGAUAUCAAACAGAAAAUAAAAUUGCAAGAUUAAUCCACAAUAAAUAAAAUGGGGCCCCAACAUGCAGGCUAUGUUGCUGACUUUACCAAUGUAGCAGUGGAACACGCAGGCGCCUAAUAAGCCUAGCCAGUGUGUCCAAUCACAAGGCUGGAAUUCAGUUUGGAGAACCUUGGCGAAAGCCCUCCCCAAAUGUUCUGGAGCAUUCUGUUGUAGGUGUGGCCUGGGAUGCCGUCCAAUCCUGUUGACUGUUGACAUUUUAGAGUUCCUUUCAUUCCGUUAUAAAAGGUAUUGUAAAAGUAAUUUUAAUAUUGAAAUAAUACUUUGUGUUAAUGUGCUGCUACUGUAUAUUUAAACAGUCCCCAUGUAUUAUGGAGCUGGAGAAAAAACGUGUUGGUUUAACUGUUUGAAUUCUUCCUUAGCGCUUCGACAUCUUCUUUAACCACACUAUUAACAUCCGUUUUAACACAGCCAACUGUGGGGGAAAAAAGGUAUUAAAUACUAAUACACGACAAAAGGACAAACUGGAUCCAGUUUCUUAGACAACCAGGAAGUGAAUGUACUGUAUCUUCUAGAAAUGUGAAAGUCAUAACCCUGGAGGUCAAAGUUCACUAGGGUUAUAGACCCUGUCUGGGUAGCGUUGUCUGGACACAAAUAAAAGUCUGUGUGUGUGUGUGUGUGUGUGUGUGUGUGUGUGUGUGUGUGUGUGUGUGUGUGUGUGUGUGUGUGUGUGUGUGUGUGUGUGUGUGUGUGUGUGUGUGUGUGUGUCUGUGUGUGUGUGUGUGUGUGUGCGUGUGUGUGUGUGUGUGUGUGUGUGUGUGUGUGUGUGUGUGUGUGUGUGUGGGGGUCAUAUAAUGUACUUUUCAGGCAAGAAAGCAAAAAAAAAAGCAGAGCUACAUCUUUACAAGGAGCUGGUGGUGGUUCCAGCUCACCAAGUCAUGAAGGACUCAUCACGUCACUUUUUCUAAAUCUAUUUUUAUGGAACAAUAAAUGAACAUUAUAAAAUAAAAGCCUUGACUGG